UAUAAAUACUGUAUUAUAGGUCAGCGAGCAAGACCGAGAGCGCGCGACAUACUUGUGAUAAGAACCACUUCCGGUUAUGAUGCCAAUGACACGAUCAGCUGUAAGUGUUUUAGAGCUUAAUAAUAAAAGCUAAACGAAAAAUAUUUACAUGUUAUAAAAUACGUGACUAACAGAGAUAAAGUCAUAAACCGAAAUUAAUUAAAUUAGGGUUAUACGAAUAAAUUUCAGUCCGUUUGAAAUCGAUUUUCCGUUAACCGCAAUGCAUUGUGGGCCAAAGCGCGCCCCCUUUAGGCGGUAACGGUCAUGAUCGCGCGGAUAACUGCCGUUCCGGCUCUGAGGCGUUUAGAAGCAGCGUUUAAAGAUGGCGACGGUGGAGGAUUCAUGGGACAAAUUCGGAUCCAGAACUUCUCUUUGGGUUACAGAGUCCAGCGGUCCAGCCGCGCAGUGAGAGCCGCGAGACCCAGAGACCCGGUUCUGCUUCCGCGGCGCCGUUACACGGCUUUUCUUCUCGCUCGCGGGAGCGAAUAAAGCGGAUUUUGGACUCAGAUCGUCAGAACCGACGCCGGAUCGCGCUGAUAUGAUCCCAGACUGAACACGAACCCGAGUCCGUGUCGAACUGUAGUUUGGUUCGGGUGCAUGGAGGCCGCUGGAGGGAGUCUGUUCGUCCCGGUGUCGCUGUGAUUUGGGUCGGAACCGGAUCGUGAUGUAUUUUCUGAGCGGCUGGCCGCGGAGGCUCCUCUGCCCGCUCCGGAGCAGCGAGCGGCCCUUCCUGAUCGAGCCCAGCGCGCAACGCUUCUACCUGGCGGUGCUGUCCGAGACCCAGAUCAGCAUCUGGUUCAGCCGGCCCAGCGUGUUGAUCGUCAGUUAUAUCGAGUCUGGGAAAGCGGCUGCACAGUUCGGCUUCUAUCAGCAGGUGGAAUGGAAGGCGGACGACUCCAUGAUCGCAGUGGCGGCUGAGAACGGUUACGUCCUGCUGUUCGACAUCAUCGCAGGCUCGGAUGAGAAGUACCUGUACGAGCCCGUCUACCCCAAGGGCAGUGCUCGUGUUAAGGUGACUCCGGGUUAUAAGGAGGAACAGUGCGCUCCAGCUCUGACCCUAGAGAUGAAGAAACCCAUCGACCUGGAGGCUCCAAUCAGCUGUCUGCAGACGCUGCAGGAGGAUCUGUUAGUGGCGACGGCAGACGGUUACCUGCACACGCUGCACUGGGACAGUGUGAGUAACGGCCGGAGAGCGGUCAACCUGUGCACCAUCCCCUUCUCCCUCGACCUGCAGUCCUCCAGAGGAGGGCCGUGUUUGGAUCUGGGUGGUGUUCACAUUCGGGAUAUGGAGUAUUGCACUACACUGGACGGGUUUGCUGUCGUGUUUGAUGACGGGCGACUGGGAUUCAUAACGCCAACCGCUAACAGACUCGCCACAGACCAGCUGCAGGGGGUUUGGGCCGCAGACGUCUCUGAUGGCACGUGUGUCGCAGUCAACAACAAAUACAGACUCAUGGCCUUCGGAUGUUCAAGCGGGUCAGUGUUGGUGUACAUGAUUGACAGCUCUACAGGAUCGAUGCAGCUCUCUCAUAAACUGGAAUUAACCCCGAAACACUACCCAGAUAUCUGGAAUAAAACGGGGCCUGUGAAGAUGAUCCGCUGGUCUCCGGACUGCAGUGUUGUCAUGGUGACGUGGGACUGUGGCGGUCUGUCUCUGUGGAGUGUGUUUGGAGCUCAUCUCUUCUGCACACUCGGGGAGGACUUUGCCUAUCGCUCAGACGGCACUAAGAAAGAUCCUCUGAAGAUCAGCUCUAUGAGCUGGGGUGUGGAGGGGUACCAUCUGUGGGAUAACAACAACACACGACACUACCCCUUCCCCACACAGAGCAAAGAAAUGAAAAAGAACCACAACACCCCGAUACUCCACAUUCACAUCACAAAAAGAGCGCUCACAGUCAACCCCCCGUGCACGAGUAAUCAGGAGCAGGUGUUGCUCCAUGGAGAGGAUCGUCUGUAUCUGACCUGUGGAGACCCGACUCAGGCUCACAACAUCCCGGAUAAGAGCCCGUCGCGGGACAGUGGUGGCAGUCCGCUGCGCCGGCCGUCAGCGUCCACCCCUCUCUCUCAGGGUCUCAGCACUUUACUGGGCCACAAGCACUGGCAGGUGGUUCAGAUUCACAGCACAUAUCUAGAGACAAACUGGCCCAUCAGGUUCGCGGCUAUAGACUGGUCUGGUCAGUGUGUGGCCGUAGCUGGCCGCCGUGGAAUUGCACAUUACUCCUUAUAUACCAGGAAGUGGAAACUGUUCGGUAACGUCACACAGGAGCAGAAUAUGACGGUGACGGGAGGUCUCGCGUGGUGGAACGACUUUGUUGUUGUUGCCUGUUACAAUUUCAUUGACCGGCAGGAAGAGCUGAGGUUAUACGUGCGCUCGUCUAACCUGGAUAACGCGUUUGCCAGCGUCACUAAGCUUCACGCAGACACGCUGCUGCUCAACGUGUUUCGUAACGUGGUGAUUCUGUUCCGGGCCGACUGCUCCAUCUGUCUGUACAGCAUCGAGAGACGACACGACAGUCCGAGCCCGUCGGCCAGUGUGGAGCUGCUGCAGGAGGUCUCCAUGUCCCGCUAUAUUCCUCACCCCGCUCUGGUGGUGUCUGUGACCCUCACAUCAGUACGGACAGAGACCGGCAUCACGCUCAAAGCCCCGCAGCAGGCCUGUUCGGCGGAGAGUAUCCUGUUGAAUUUGGCCGGUCAGCUGAUCAUGCUGCAGAGAGACCGAUCCGGCCCACAGGUACGAGAGAAGGACACGCCGGCCAAUCAGACGAAGCUGCUUCCCUUCUGUCCGCCGGUGGUUCUGGCUCAGUGCGUGGAGAACGUCUGGACCACCUGCCGCAGCAACCGCAAGAAACGCCACCUGAUGGAGGCUCUAUGGCUCUCAUGCGGCGAGGCGGGGAUGAAGGUGUGGCUUCCUCUUUUGUUCCCCUGCGAGGACCACCGCAAGCCGCACUCGUUCCUGUCGCGCCGGAUCAUGCUGCCCUUCCACAUCAACAUCUACCCGCUCACUGUGCUGUUCGAGGACGCGCUCAUCCUGGGCGCCUCCAACGAGACGGUGCUGUUCGACGGGCCCGGCUCGUCCUCGCUGGAGGCGCUCUUCCCCUUCUGCACGGUGGAGCGGACGUCCCAGAUCUACCUCCAUCACAUCCUGAGACAGCUGCUGGUGCGUAACCUGGGCGAGCAGGCGCUGAUGCUGGCGCAGUCUUGCGCGACGCUGCCGUACUUCCCUCACGUCCUGGAGCUGAUGGUGCACGUGGUGCUGGAGGAGGAGGCCACGUCCCGAGAGCCCAUCCCUGACCCGCUGCUGCCCACCGUCGCCAAGUUCGUGACCGAGUUCCCACUCUUCCUGCAGACCAUCGUGCACUGCGCACGCAAGACUGAAUACGCGCUGUGGAACUACCUGUUCGCCGCGGUGGGGAACCCCAAAGACCUGUUCGAGGAGUGUCUGAUGGCACAGGAUCUGGACACGGCCGCGUCCUACCUGAUCAUCCUGCAGAACAUGGAGGUCCCGGCGGUCAGCCGUCAACACGCCACUCUGCUCUUCAACACGGCUCUGGAACAGGGCAAAUGGGAUCUGUGUCGUCACAUGAUCCGCUUCCUCAAGGCCAUUGGUUCAGGGGAGAGCGAGACUCCGCCCAGCACACCCACCACACAGGAGCAGAGCUCCACGGGCGGCUUCGAGUUCUUCCGGAACCGCAGCAUCAGUUUGUCUCAGUCGGCCGACAGCAUCGCCGGAGGAAAGUUCAACCUGCAGAAGACCCUGAGCGUGCCGUUCGGCCCGUCCUCCAAAGGUAAGGACAGUGACUCUGCGGAGAAUCUCUACAUUGAUAUGAUGCUGUGGCGUCAUGCGCGGCACCUGCUGGAGCAGGUCAGGUUGCGGGAUCUGGGCUGUUUCUCCGCCCAGCUGGGCUUCGAGCUGAUUGGCUGGCUGUGUCGGGAGCGCAUGCGGGUGGCCCGGGUCGACGACUUCGUUACCGCCCUCAAAUGCCUGCAUAAAGACUUUCUGUGGCCAUUCCCUGUAAUCCCAGCAUGCUCCAUUAACUCACCGCUAAAGAAUGGACGCUGCCGUCCAGUGUUGAGUUCUCGUUUGCUGAAGUCUCAGUCUGCGGACAGUUUGCUGAACAGUGACAUGGACACCACGCCCCCUCAGGUCACCACAGCCAAUCACAGAUGGCUGGAUGGCUUGGGGGUGGUGUCAAAGGAACUGGACUCCGCCUCCUCUCUCGGAGCGCCGCAGACGCAGGAGGCAUUUCUCUCUCCUCUCAUCAACAAAGGAGAGGAGUGCAGCAUCGGUUCAGCCACGGACCUCACUGAGACCAGCUCCAUGGUGGAUGGUGAUUGGACGAUGGUGGACGAGAAUUUCUCCACCCUCAGUCUCAGCCAAUCAGAGCUGGAGCACAUCUCCAUGGAGCUGGCCAAUAAAGGGCCGCACAAGAGUCAGGUGCAGCUGCGGUAUCUGCUGCACGUCUUCAUGGAGGCCGGCUGUCUGGAGUGGUGCGUUGUCAUCGGGCUGAUCUUACGAGACGCCGGCGUCAUUAAGCAGGUCGUGGGGUUUCUGGACAGUCCAGAAGUCCCAGCAGAAACGGUCCAGAGCAUCCGAGCCGGGCUGAUAGCGGUCGACCUGUGGGCCUCGUCUGAUUGUCUGGGCUACAAGCCGUUCCUGAGCCUGAUUCGUCCUCAGCUGCUGAAGCUGGUGGAGGUUCCUGUGGAGCAGGUUCAGCCCGAAGCCUUCCAGCCGGCCGGAGCGUCCAAACUGAGCGAGCCGCCGCUGCUGCUGCCCCGAGCCGAGGACGCCCGCGGGGCCGUGACGUCUGCUCACCCGCUGCCUCAGGACGGCCCCGCAGGAGCCCCGCUGGACGACACGCCGCAGGAGGAGCAGGAGGACGAGCCGCUGGAGGAGGGAUCAUACGACUGCACCCUCUCAUGACGCGCUCGGAUCAGACGCAGACGGCUGCAGCGUCACCUGUGUGUGUGUGUGUGUGUGUUUAUUCCAGCUCGUCCAGACUGCAGUGUCGUGUGUGUUUUGCUGUGUUUUCAGCAUCCUGUGGUCAAAAGCAUCAUGUUUUGCUCUUCUCAGCUUCACACUGCAAAGCAUCACUUUCUUCAUUGUUUUUGUCUUUUCCAGAACGAGCAACUAAACGCAUUUACCAAAACUUGAUCUGAACUCUCGUUUUCUGAUAAAAACAAUCAACAUACAGUGAGUUUAUGCUUAAAGCAAGGUCUUUUUUGCUAAAAUGUGUUUUUUUUUUUUUUUUUAAAAUGGUGUGAUUAAUAUAAUUUUCUUUCAUAAUUUAGUUGUGAAAAUUUUUUUUUUUUUUCUUUAAACGAGCAAAUAUCUGCCAGUAGGGUCAAAAAAAGAUUAUAGGCUAUGGCACAUAUUUUCUUCAUUUAAGCAAAAGUUAACUUCAUUUUGAUCAUUUUUUUCAAACAGUUCACACAAUCAAACACAUGCAGUAUUUUUUAUUUUUUUUUCAAACAAGAUGAUAAAAUUCAUUAUUGAUGUUUUUUUUUUUGUCAUUAAUCUUAAAUAUGCAAUUUUUAAUCACUGUUUUUCUUCAUUCUCAUAUAUAUAUAUAUAUAUUUUUUUCUUUUUCCUGUUUUAAGCAUGAACUCCAUCAUUUUGGCAAUUUUAUUGAUAAAAAUCAAGACUGAAUAUCAUAAGGGCAUAAAAACAGGCUGCUAACAAAGUAAACAAACACUGUGUAUCAUUUUUAUUUUGUACUUUUAUGUUCUCUCUAAAUUUUCUAUAAACUAAAAAGUACACUUUUGUUUUGUUUUUUUAAGCCUAAACCUACUUAUUUUUUAUCAGAAAACAAGGUUUAAUAUCUCAUCAAAAUGAGCAAAAUACAGUCAUUUCGUUCGUGGUUAAAACUGGAAAACACAGGAACAGAAAUGCAGAAGACAGAAAUGCUAAGAAAGUGAUUUUUUUGCAGUGCAGAGAAUCAGACGUGGCACAGAUGAUGAUUUGAGGAAGCACACUUUGAUUGUGGAGCUCUGGGAGUCAGAUGAAGUGUGUUUUAAUGCGUGUCUGAGAUGUUUUAAUGUUACCUGUGAUCUUCUCCAGUCUGAUCUGGAUCAUGUUUGUAGCGUUGAAACCGACAGCUUUUAUUUGUUUUUAAGCUGCGAGUCUCGUGUAGAGCCACCGAUGAGGAAAAUAUCGGAGCUUUUCCAGCGUUUGACGCUCCUUCAUGAAGACAUAAACACACUUGUUAUUAUUUUACAGCCAUGAUAAUGUGUAUUUCUGAUUAUUAAUCUCAGAGAAGCAGUUUUGCAUCGCUAGAUCUCGUCUGACUGCGUUAUUGCGAGUGUUUUGUGUGCUCUAGGUUGCGUUGUUGCAGGUUUUGUGUAUUUAUUCGAGCGGCAGGACAAAGAGACGGACGCGGGGUUGAGUUUCUCUCGUGUGUGUGUUUUAUGAAAUCUGAACGAUCCUCAGUAUUAAUGUGUCCAGUGUUCGUCUUGUCUACACGCAUCAAAGCCUUUGUAUUCUUCUUCUUCUUCUAGUUCUUGUAGCUCUUAUGCGUUAUUGACAGUCGUCUCUGAGUAUUUAGCAGCUUUAAUGAGAUGCAUCUUUAUUUUAAUGUUUUAUUUUCCCCCAAAUGGCUUAAACGAGCGGCUUAGACCGGUCUGAUCUGGUUUAAGCUGGUUCAGUGGCUCCCAAACCAGCUGACAAGUGCCCAAAACCCCAUGAAACCAGCGAAACGGAACCAGUCCGGCGAUGUUUGGCCAGUUUAAGUGGUUUCUUCUCCUCUUGUCGCAGUAUUUCUGAUGAUCAUGUUGUUUAUAAACCAAAGAGCUCCCGUGUGUGAGAUUCACGGACGUGUUCAUGGUACGGAUUACCCACAAUCCCUCUGACGUGUGGUUUCAUGUGGACUGAGGAUUUGAUCGAGUCGGUACUCUUGAGCUUCUUCAUCUGUACAGUUUGAAUCCUGGAGUUUCUUCUCAAUGCAGUGUAAAGAGAGUUUCCUGUACACAACUUUUCUACUCCGUUUUCUACAUUUCCUGUACAUAAAGAACAAUAAAUUAUUUUUUAAACAUUG